CUAUCCCCACAUCGCGGGGCAGCCUUCAGGCAGUUUCACCCACCCUCCAACCCCAACUUGCCUCGAUACCUAGGUGACGACAAGCAAACGACGAAGGACACUCACCAAGAGAACGAUUUUCAUCUGCUCUGACUAGCGUUCCCUUUCCCUCUCAUGGUUUCCGUACUUGGAUAAGAUCAAUCGACAGUUCCGGCCACGGCCAGAGCAUCGCCUGACCAUGGCAACUUCCAGCGUCAACCCGCUCAUCUCGAGCCAGAAGUCAUCCGAGCUCCAGGCGGUCCUGCACCCCCUCGUUCUCCUCACUAUAUCCGACUACAUCACGCGCCACACUCUGCGCUCGCAGCCAGGGCCCAUCGUUGGCGCCCUACUCGGCCAGCAGAACGGCCGAGAGAUCACCAUCGAACAUGCGUUUGACUGCCACACAAAGGAAGCACCCGAGGUAGAAGGCGGCUACCUGUUGGACCCUGAGCGGUUCGGGGCAAGAUUAGAACAGAUGAAGACAGUUCACAAAGACCGCGGCCUUGACCUUGUCGGCUGGUACACCCUUCUCGCCGCCGCCGGCCCGACGCCCACGAUCCUCCCGAUCCAUCACCAGCUCCUCUCCGAAUUCAAUGAGUCCGCUCUGCUUCUCGGCUUUCACCCGGAGGAAGUCUUCACCCACUCUGUCGGCGGCAAGCUGCCCAUGUCCAUCUACGAGUCCAACUACGAGGUCGACGACCCGCGCGCCGCUGAGGCAGAUGGUGAGGACAAGAAGAUGGAUGACGGCGAGUCCAAGCUCAAGCUUCGCUUUCGCGAGCUUCCCUACACGGUUGAGACGGGAGAGGCCGAGAUGAUUAGCAUGGAUCACGUCGCCCGCGGCGCCGGCAAUGCCACCGCCAUCGAGGCCCCCACGGAGACCUCUGCCAAGCCCAAGGUGCAGCUCGUCGAGUCCGGAGGCAAACGCCGCGUCGUCGAGUCGGACGAUAAGGCUCACACCGAAGCUCAGCUGUCGCCAGAGGAGGAGGAGAUGGUCGCCGCGCUGACGGCCAAGGCGAACGCCGUCAAGAUGCUGCAGGGCCGCAUCCGCCUCAUCACGACCUACCUCGAGCGCCUGCCGCCCGAAUACCUAUCCGGCACGGAGAAAUCCGCCACCGCCACCGCCGACGGGAUGCAGACAACACCGUCGCACACGAUUCUUCGCCAGAUCCAGGCCCUCGUUAACCGGCUAGACCUUGUCGUCCCCUCGGAUGCGGACGCCUUCGAGAAGGAAGUUCUCUGUGAGGAGAACGACGUAGCCAUUACCUCGCGUCUUAACGACCUUAUGCAGAGCAUCAACGGCAUGCGGGAUCUUGGGAAGAAGUUUGGCAUCGCCGAGACCGCCCGGAGUCGGAACCGGGGGGGAGUGCCGACCGACUUCCCGGGUUACGGGUCUUCUGGUUUCAAUAUCCCUGGCGCAGGCGACAUCAUGAUGUAGAGUGCGGCGUUUGGGGCAGUCGUUUCGACCUGAGCGACAGCGCGCAACAUUGACCUGUUUUGGGGUAAUAUCAUUCUUAUUCAUGGAGUGGCGUUCGGGAAUAAAUGUAGAAAUGACUAUAUGUGCGAGGACCCGAGAAAAGGAUCCGAUGAAUUGAAUCGCUUUCAACUCAUGAGAAAAGUGGCCCGUUCUAAAAUGACGGGGUUUCCUGACCCUCUCUCCUUCUCUCCCUCCUUCUUCUUCUCUAUCUUGCUUCCCCCCCCCCCCCCCCCCCCCCCUCGGUAAUGUCCUUUCC